GCUUGUAACUAAACAGUCACUCUAUACAGACAGUGCAGGGGAUCUCUGCUGAGUCUCAAUAUGAAGAGCACCGUCCUCCUCCUCCUCCAGCUCUGCUACAUCCAGGGGUCCUGGGCAGAGUCCAACAUCACAACAGAAAGUUUGCUGCAAUGUCCAGCGAAUAAUGAUUUCUGCGACACUGCGAGCCGCUGCUGCAUGCCCGGGAUGGACAGUUACGGCUGGAUUGCGGCUGCCGUGGGGUGGAGUUUGUGGGUUUUCACGCUCAUCCUCAUCUGCAUUUGCCAAGUCAUGAGGCUCAGACCAGAUGAGCCAAAAUACGUCCAGGCGUAAGAUGAGGAAACAUACAAUCCCCACAUGGAGAGAACAUUUGAAAAGCAUGAAAUCUACCAACGACAGCAUCGCAGCGCGUAUAGCUACAUAUGGCGUCCCGAGGAAAUCAACAAAGCUGACUAAUGGUCAUAGGUCUGCCUCUUACUUGUGGCGUUUACCUGGUUCCAUCUGGUCAUGGAUUUUGCUACAGAACCUACACAAAAAAAUGGCCGCUGAUUGGUCUCUUCCAAGAUCAGAUACUAACUGGUCUACAUUGAAAAAUAUAUAAAUAAGUGAAUAUGUGAAACCUAAAAAUGUAACUUACAUUAUUUUAAAUACAUACAUACUGUAUAUAAUAAACUGGCCUCAUGUAUAAGGAAAUAUCUGACAGAAGAUGUGACCUUUUUGCCUAUAGCAAACAAUCAGAUUCCAUCCUUCACCUUCCCAGCUCUGGUUUAAAAAAUGAAAGCUGUGAUCUGAUUGGUUCAUUUUAGCUCCCACUCUACUCUAGACCGCAGCUAGUAGAGCAGCUGAACCAAUCAUAAUCCAUUUUCUAAAUCGCAAUGGAAAAAUAAAAGCUGAGCCUUGAUUGGUUGCCAUGAGCAACAAGGCCAGUUUUCAUACAUGAAAGUCAAUGCAUGUCCCAAUUUUAACCAGGGAAACAAUACCCACAUGAAAGGAAGCCAUUUUGGGAGCAGAAAUUCAUGUGAACAUAGCCAAUCAUUUCUCUAGAAAUAAGACUGGAAAACUCUCUGGAAACAAGCAUGGGGAACAGUAGGGAAAAUAUGGUUGUACCUAGACCUUGUCCUAAAAUGGGCCAAAAUAUGUCAAUCGUUAGUAAUGGCGGAAAGGAAAACAUUGGUUACAAUCACAAAAUGGCUACCAGCAAUGUUGAAAACACAAUGGGGGAUAUUUAUCAUGAGGGGAAUAUUUGAAGUCACUUUUGCUUGAGUCUGUGUUUGACUUUGUGCCACAUUUAUCAAAUGUCAUAUGUCUUAUC